AUGUCGCCACCGCUGAUGCCACCAAAGCAGCAGAAGCAGAAGCAGAAGCAGCAACAGCAGCAGAAGCAGCAACAGCAGCAGCAGCAGCAGCAGCAGCAGCAGCCAGAAAAGAAGGUUGAGGAGCAGUCGCCGACACCGACGUCGUCGCCACCACUGCAGCAGCAGCAGCAGCAGCAGCAGCAGCAGCAGCAGCAGCAGCAGCAGCAGCAGCAGCAGCAGCAGCAGCAGCAGCAGCAGCAGCAGCAGCAGCAGCCUCGAGGCGACUUACUCAGGGUCUUCCAUCGCAUGAGCAGGCGCUGCGGCUGCCCGGCCUCAGUGGCGCCGACGCAGAGCAACCGGGAGCUUCCGCAGCACUCGCAACACCCUCGCAGCCUGACGGGCCUGACCUGA